AUGGGUAUUCCUGCCAAACAGAACAAGGAAGUCAUUCGAUUGGAACGUGAAUCGGUAAUUCCAGUUUUGAAGCCUAAGCUCAUCAUGACUUUGGCCAAUCUCAUUGAACAGAGUUCUGACCGGGCAGAGUUCUUGAAGCUCUGCAAGAGAGUUGAGUACACGAUUCGAGCAUGGUAUCUUCUCCAGUUUGAAGAUCUUAUGCAACUAUAUGCACUCUUUGAUCCUGUCUAUGGGGCUCAGAAAUUGGAGCAGCAGAAUUUAUCCUCUGAAGAGAUUGAUGUCCUUGAACAGAACUUCCUCAACUAUAUGUUUAAGGUAAUGGAAAAGAGUAAUUUUAAGAUUGCUACUAAUGAGGAGAUUGCAAUUGCACAAUCAGGGCAGUAUCUUCUGAAUCUUCCUAUCUCAGUGGAUGAAUCAAAGCUUGAUAAGAAGCUACUGAAGAAGUACUUUGCGGAGCAUCCUAAAGAAAACCUUCCUGACUUUGCAGAUAAGUAUGUAAUCUUUCGACGUGGCAUUGGAAUUGAUCGUACGACUGAUUACUUUUUCUUGGAGAAGGUGGACAUGAUCAUUGCACGCAUAUGGGGAUGGAUCAUGAGAGUGACUAGGCUAGAAAAGAUAUUUUCAAGUAAAUUAAGUGCACGAUUUAAGAAAGAUAUUAAGAAAGACGAUGAAACCACAGAAGACCAAGAAUUUCAGGAUGACUUGUAUGUUGAGCGCAUCCGGAUUGAAAAUUUGGAUUUCAGUUUACAGAAUUUGGCGAGUAAGAUUACAAUCCAAGAACCUACUUUUGACAGGAUAAUUGUGGUUUACAGGCGAGUAGGCGGCACCAAGGGAAAAAAGGAGCGAGGAAUCUUCGUGAAGCAUUUAAAACAAAUUCCAAUGGCAGAUAUGGAAAUUGUCCUGCCGGAGAAGAAAAACCCAAGUCUAACCCCUAUGGACUGGGUGAAAUUUCUUACAACUGCUGUACUGGGCCUGGUUACUGCCACUGGUUCAAUCGAGACGCCUCAAGCUGACUUUUGGGUCAUAGUUGCCGUCAUCUCUACAGUAGUUGGUUAUUGUGCCAAAAUAUACUUCACGUUUCAAGCAAAUAUGGAUACAUAUCAGAACUUAAUUACACAGUUCAUGUAUGACAAACAAUUGGAUAGUGGAAAAGGAACUCUUCUUCAUUUGUGUGAUGAUGUGAUUCAACAAGAAGUAAAAGAGGUUAUCAUUUCUUUCUUUAUCUUGAUGGAACAAGGCAAAGCCACUCUAAAGGAACUCGACAUUAAAUGUGAGGAACUAAUAAAGGAAGAGUUUGGUGAGAGAUGCAACUUCGACGUGGAUGAUGCAGUCCAGAAAUUGGAAAAGUUGGGCAUUAUUGUUAAGGAUGCAAUAGGAAGGUAUUAUUGUGUUGGUCUUAAACGUGCGAAUGAGAUCAUUGGCACCACCACAGAAGAGCUGGUACUUAAGGCAAGGCAGGAGAGCAGUGCUUAA